CAGGGGGCAUUGGGAUUGAUAGGGAUGUUUCCAUCAUGGCGGCUUCCAUUUCAGGUUAUACUUUCAGUUCUGUGUGUUAUCACAGCGCUAAUAGCAACUCGGAUCAUGAGGGCUUCCUAUUAGGAGACGUAAGACAAGAAGAAACUGUCAGCAUCAGUGAUGCGCAGAUUAGCAAUGCAGAGCUGCUGCAGGUAGUAGAAAUCCAUAACCAUGAUCCUUGUGCACAGUUGUUUAGCUUUUAUGACUACGCAGGUAAAGUCAAUGAAGAAAAUCUCAACAGCAUCCUUAAAAAUAGACGAAAAAAUGUUAUUGGUUGGUACCGGUUCCGGAGGAAUUCGCAGCAACAGAUGUCUUUCAGGGAGCAGAUUAUCCACAAACAGCUCACUCAGCUGCUUGGUGUGCCCGACCUCGUCUUCCUUCUUUUUAGCUUCAUCUCUACUGCCAAUAGCUCUACACAUGCACUGGAGUAUGUGCUCUUCAAACCUAACCGCAGUAGGUACAACCAGAGGAUAACCCUCACUAUUCCAAACCUUGGCAACACAAACCAGCAGGAAUACAAAACCUCUUCGGUACCCAACACUUCACUCAACUACGCAAAGGUCAUCAAAGAGCAUGGGGCGGAGUUCUUUGACAAAGACGGUGUGAUGAAGGACAUCCGAACAAUAUUCCAAGUCUAUAGUGCACUACAAGAUAAAGUCCAGGCUGUGUGUGCGGAGGUAGAACAAAGUGAACGUAUUAAAGAGAAAAUUCAGCAAGAUGUGAAUAAACUGAAACAACAAAUUGCUCUCAGGAAGCGAAUGGCAGCAGAAGAGGAGAGAAGGCGCAUUGAAAACUCUCAAUCCACUGAAGUGGAGAACACAGAACCUUGCGAGGCUUCUCUUCUAUCCAGGAUAAAUUUUGAAGCCCCCUCCGCCCCAGAGCGGCCCAGUACCUCACCAAACCCACCUUCCUACACUGACCUCUUGUCCCAGGAUGACAAUCUGCUCUGCUCCUCGUCCCCACCAACCAGUGCUGCUCUGUUGCCCCGGCCCCAAGCCGUGGGCUCUCCAGGACACCCUACCCCUGUCCYGCUGGGGACGGACCUGGGUCUCGGCCUCAGGCUGGGCAUGGGCCUCAACGCCAAUUUGAAUCCCGUUAGCACUCCCAGCACCCCGUACCUCGGCAACGGUGACGGCUCAAGCUCCGAUUCAUUAGAUAGACAAGCUGCCGGGCAAGAAGAUGACGACGACGACGAUGAAGAGGAUGACGAAAAUGAUGAAGAUGAGGAUAGCAGUGAAUAUGAGAACUUAGUAAGUGAAGGAACUCGUUUAGCUAUGGUCUCAGCCGGCGUUUUAGCUCAUGGUCGACCCGCUGCCCUCAGCCCCGAUGGGGACGCUCGUGGCUCACAAAUGACAUAGAAACACGCCACAGGACGUGAGAAGGACAUAAAUAGCGAACACCUUGAGAGGUGGGCAUCUGAAGCAAUCAAAGAUAAGCAAAUGUAGACAAAAGAAGUGCCAGUCCUGAAAGUGAAAGGCAUGUGCAAGUGGUGUCCCGCUGUGUCAUUCUUGUCGUCUUAGUCAGAUCUCCAUUUUAAGGGGAAACCUUACCAGGCUUUGCAGGUUCAUCUCACUGGGCUUUAAACUCGUMUGUUUUCAUAUUCUCUCAGAACUGAGGUUGAUCAUGGUACGUAAGUUGUGGGUCUGUCUCGUUCCCAAGUCAGAUGUGAAUUUUACAGACCAAUUUAUGCCAGCUGGUUGGCAGACUUGAUUUUGAAAAGACAAGCCACAUGUUUUUUUAUGUUUUAUGUCUGCAUCUUUUUGUCUCACAUUUGCAUCACAAACUUUAAUCUCCCUUUCUUGCAUUACCUCUUGCACUGUAUUAUGUUUUCUGAGCAGUCCCUUUAAAACCGUAAAGGGAAGAAACUCGGCAGUCUUUGGUCUUUGUGGUUACUAACUUUAUUUCUGAAAUGAUAUACAUAUAUAUAUAAGAUUAUUUUAUGUUGGACUCCAUCUUUCACAGUUUUGAAGAAAUAAAUCAAACAGUUGUCUAUUUAAAUAAUGAAAAAUAGAAGCAAAAUUGACUCUGCCACUUCUCUAAUGGGUACUUUAUGUAUGCAUAUGUAUGUUACAUUACCUGUUAAUCUAAUUUGAUUUAUUAUGGAGUCAGUGUCCUUCUUUUCUAUGGUUAUAUUUAAAUUAUAUGCACUUUGCUGCACUUAACAAAAUUGAAGAUCUUUACUUUCUUGUAUUAUACCAAUGGUGACAUUGUGCCACUUGUCCUCUUUAAUCAUCCUGAGCCAAAUUCAGCAUUUUUUUUCUUUGCAUUGUAUAGGGUUCACAGUUCCAACACAGUGUACUGUAGCUUUACUAACCAGAUGUUUAAAGGUCCCUUUGCUGCUGCAACACAGAAUUACUACUAAACGUUGCAAUUGUCUGUUCUUUUUCAUAUAAAAUAUGGCUGCUACUUUCAUUUUA